CAAAAAUUACAAAGCUUAACAUGUAAUAAUUCUGCUAAUUAAAAGGAAAAGUUAGCCCGUUUCACACAAGCAGUACUCCCUCUAUAUAAAAUAAGCUAACGGUCAUAUUUGCAACAUUUCGUUCAAAAACACCCCCCUCUCCCCAUCUCUUUGUGACAAAUUCUUUCUGUUUCUCUUUCAUGGCAGAGAAUCAAGAAUCUUUGGAAAAACCCAAUUUACAGACUGAAUUAGAGAAGAAGAUUCCACUGUUUACAGUGCUAAAGAAUGGAGCCAUCCUCAAAAACAUCUUUCUUCUUGAUAAUCCCCCACCUAUAACCACAGCUUCUAUUGAAGAAACGAAACCAGAUUUUGAAGAGAUUUUGUUGGUGGUUGGACGACAUCCAGAUUGUAACAUAGUCUUGGAACACCCAAGCAUCAGCAGAUUCCACCUCCGCGUUCAUUCUAAUCCCUCUACUCACUCCCUCUCUGUUAUUGAUCUGUCUUCUGUCCAUGGGACAUGGAUUUCUGGUAACAAGAUUGAACCAAGGGCAGCCAAGAAGAGAGCAAUAUUGCAACCAGUAAUGGAUUCAAUCCUCUCAAUGUUAAUGUUAGAAUCCAAUCGACAAACUCCAACUCUACUGGAAGCAAGGAUGAAGGGCAAUGUAGCUACAAGGGGUAUGAAGCCUUAUCAAAUUCCCAAUCCAUCCCAGUAUGAUAGUCACAUGGAUUGUGAGAGGAGUGAAUAAAGCACACAAGCAAAAGGAGUUAAAACUAUAAAGGAGAAACAAAUGAGGCCGAUAGCUAUACUUGAGCAUAGAGUAACUGAAAAUAAAGAAGCAAAAAUUAUCCAAAAAAUAGCACCAGGAUGGAGUUGGGUGUCUAAAGAAUAAUAUGGAUACUAUGGAAUCCUAGAUUAUGUGACUUUAGUAUGAUUGACAAUGAUGCACAAUUUAUCUAUGAUCAAGUUAGGAUGCAUGAGAUGAAGCUGGUAUUCGACUUCACUGCGAUCUAUGGACUUCAUACAAUACAAGAAAGCAGGAAACUAUGGGGGAAAUUGCAGGGAUUGGUGAAUGUGCAACAGGGACCAUGGUUAGCUAUGGGGGGAUUUCAAUACAAUCUUGAAUCAAGAAGACAGACAACAUGGAACACCAAUACAAGACUAUGAAACAAGGGACUAUAGAGAAUUCCUGCUGAAUACAGGACUGACUGAGGUAAGGACCUUUGGUAGGAAGUACACAUGGACAAAUAACCACACUUACAGUAGAAUUGACAGAGCCGUUGCUAAUGCAACUUGGAUGAAUACAAUGUCAACAGUAACAGUGCAAAUAAUAGAGCCAAUGUUCUCGGAUCAUUCCCCACUUGGAAUCAGUUUUGAUAUGGCCAACAAGAUGCAAGGGAAAGCCUUUUAGGUUCUUUAACUGUAUGGCUGAACACCAACAGUUCUUGACACUGAUAGAGAACAACUGGGAGAAGCAAAUAGCAGGUAACUACAUGAGGAAGGUGUGGAGCAAGCUGAAAUAGAUUAAGCAAGAUUUGAAGAAGCUUAACUCUGAGCAAUCUAUAAGAGUAGAAAAGAAGCUGAAGCAGAUCAGACAACAAUUGCAUGAGGUGCAGAAGAAAAUGGAUACAGAAUAUCAGAAUAGUUCUCUGAUUGAAGAAGAAAGAGACCUAAGAAACCAACUGGAAAAAUGGGGUGGGAUUAAAGAGAGCAUCUACAAACAAAAAUCCAGGGUACAAUGGCUUAAAGAGGGUGACUCAAACUCUAUUUAUGUCUUCGCAACCAUGAAAAAUAGUAGAUGCUCCCAGAACCAUAUCAGAAGGCUUAAAACUGAUCGAGGGGACAUCAUACAGUCUGAUGUUGAAAUUGAAGAAGUUAUUGGUUUCUACAGGGGACUGCUUGGAACAACAACAAGUACUCCACCUGCAAUUAAUCCUAAUGUGAUCAAGGAUGGACCAACCCUGAACAGGGAACAACAAGAUUGAUCAGACCAGUCACAAAAGAGGAGAUAUACCAGGCACUAAAAGAUAUAGAUGAUAUGAAAGCACCAGGGUGUGAUGGACUGAAUGAUGUAUUUUUUAAGAAAGCAUGGCCCAUUAUAGGAGAAGAAGUUACUGACGCUAUUCUUGAAAGCAAAAGGAAUCUUUUCACCUUUUUUUCCGAACGUGUGUCUUUGUACAUGGUAUAUGUACCUCUACUUAUACAAACAAAGGGGAAAGAUAAAGAGACAAAGACCCAUAAGGCCAUAACCAAUUCUGUACAAAAAAAAAAAAAGAAAGGACAAAGACCCAUAACCAACUAUAUUUUAUACAACUAGACAACUAUAUGUACUAUGUCUUGAUAUUGCUUCUGCUUGCUCAAUAUUUGAGGCACCUUUUGUGAGAGCUCUGUUAACACCCCCUUCAAGUGGGAGCCCGUAGAUCGGACUCCCAACUUGCCCAAAAAAACUCCGAUGAAGAGGUCCUGCCAAUCCUUUUGUGAAGAUACCGGCGAUUUGGGUUGUAGUUGGAACAAAAAGACAAAGAAAUUAGACCAUCGAGCAGUUUUUCGCGGACGAAGUGACAAUCAAUUUCGAUGUGCUUUGUUCGUUCGUGAAAAACUAGGUUUUUCGCUAUGUGAAUCACAGCUUGAUUGUCACAAUGGACAGAGACUGGAAGCGAAGGGGAAAUGGAUAUGUCAGCAAGAAGACGAACAAUCCAUGAAAGUUCUGCUACCAAACGUCGGAUAUAUCGAUAUUCAGCUUCUGCCGAAGACAAAGAAAUCACUUGUUGUUUCUUCGAUUUCCGGGAGACGGGGCAUCCACUUAUGCUCAAUAAGAAACCACUAAUUGAUCUUCGAGUAUCCGAGCAAGAUGCCUAAUCUGCGUCACAAUAACCCAAAAUCUGAAAUGAAGGCUCGGAUGAGAAGAAAAGUCCCAAACUUGGAUCAUUUCGAACAUAUCAAAGAGUAUGUAAAGCUGCCUGAUAGUGUCCAGAUCUUGGAGAUUGCAUGUAUUGACUCAAGGUAUGUAUAGCAAAGGAUAGAUCUGGUCGGGUAUUUGUGAGGAAUUUAGCUUCCCCAAGAGCUUCCGAUAAAUGGUAGGAUCAGGCAAAAGCUCACCAGAAUCAGCAGUAAGCUUAAUGUGUGAAUCAAGCGGAGUGCAAACAUCUCUCGAUUGUAGAAAAUCAAACUUAGAAAUGAGGUCAAUUGCAAAUUUCCUCUGAGUCAAAAUGAUAUCUCCAGGCUCGUAAAAGUUCCAUACCUAGAAAAUAACUUGCUUCUCCUAGGUCCUUAAUUCAAAAUUCAGAACCAAGGAAUGAUUUUAUCUCACUGAUUUCUUCUUGAUUGUUUCCUGUUAGGAGAAUGUCAUCAACAUAUACGGCUAAUAUAGUCGUUAGAGUCCCAGAUAUUUUGAAGAACAAGGAGUAGUCAUUGACCGAGGAGGUGAAACCUCUGGAUCGUAAAGCAGAGGAUAGUCGAGCAUACCAUUGGCGCGAUGCCUGUUUCAAACCAUAGAGGGACUUGCGAAGACGACAGACAUGGGAAGAGCUUGGAGGUGCAAUUCCUGGUGGAAACUUCAUAAACACUUCCUCGUGCAAGUCGCCAUGUAAGAAGGCGUUAUUAACAUCUAACUGGGCAAUGCUUUCCUUGCAAAAGGGAUUUGAACUACUUCCCAAGUGCAAUUGGAUUCUAAUGCCUCAAGUUCUUUUGCCAUAGCUGCUUGCCAACCGGGAUGAAUGGCUACUUCUUGGUAAGAAUUUGGCUCAGAAAUUUGGCAUAUAGAGUUAACAAACUAUUAAUUUGGUUGAGAAAGUGCAGAAAAAGAGUAAGAGUGAAACGGGGUAAAAGGUGGGUUUGAUGAAAUUACUGAAUAAGCAGCAUCGCAUAUGUAGUCUGAUAAAUAUUUAGGUGCAUUAUGCUCUCUAGAAGAUCUACGUAGCCCAUCUGCUGGAGCUGAU